AUGGAUGGAGACUUUGCACCAAUGAUUGAGCUGGCUCAUGGGACAUUCGUUUGUGGGAAAAAUGGUGGCGGAGUGGCUGAGGAAUACCAUUGCGAAAAAGAUGUUGACAUAUGUGUUGGCACCUUGAGUAAAGCUGCAGGUUGCCAUGGUGGAUUCAUUGCUUGCAGGCAAAUAUUCAUGCUUUCUUUUCCCGUUGUAACAAGAAUAUAA